GAAAAGACAUAUUCGACGCCCAACCUCGAGAAACUUCUAAACGGCACCCUUUGGAACCUCACAGUCCCUGGAACAACCUUAAUCUUAUACUCUGCAUCCAAGACAAACACCAUGGAGUUCUUUCUCAUGGACUGUUUCAUCACAUGCAUAUUCCUGAGUUUUUAAGCUUGCAUGUUUCAGAAAACGAUGAUGCUUCAUGUGAUGAUAAGUCAAAUGACUCAAAGGCAACUAUUAAGAGUUAUACUAGACAUUUUAUUUGAUGUACUGAACAAAAUUAUAGCUAAGAAGAAUGAUAUGGCAAUGGGUAGCUUAGGCUUGUUAUUUCACUUGUAUGUUAAUUCAAACUGGAUGAAGGGCACCAGAUAGUGGAGAAUAUAGAUGGUUCAAGGCAACCAGUGCCAGGAAAACACUGUAGCUCAAAUAAUAUUUCUGCAGACCUUCAAAACUCACUUUUCAAUUUUUUUGUACUGAUUAUGGAACCCCUUUUGCUGAAGAUUAAUGCCUAUAUUCAAGUUGAAGUGGAUGCUAAUCCCCUGUUGUUGGAUUUUCAUGCUUUACUCAAGUCUAUUGGUAAAUUACUUGCUAGUUUUAUGCAAGACAAAGUUUAUGUGAGAACCGAGGACACAUCUGGAGGAGCUUGUCUUAAUUUCUUGAAGAAAAUAUUUAAUACACUGAUGACUAGUUUCACUAGUGUACUUCACUUCUCCAACUAUGAUACAACCAACAGGACGGAGAUAUCUAGUACCUUGCCUGCUAACGAGAUUCUAGUUGCUAUGGGAUAUCUUUUGCAAAUUGAAUAUGAGGUUAUUGGUAAAUCUGUGGCUUCUCAUGUUGUCAUGCUCUGCCAUCAAUUGCAAUUUGGUGAAUGUUCCUGACCAAUGCCCAUUACCUUCCACUAUACCUGCCCUGGGAUGCCAAACAAUUUAUCUCUACAGUCAACUUCUCCAGGUGGAAAUUGCUAUUUUAGCAUUGUGCAAAGCAAUAAGGCUUGUUAUAUCUCACGAGGGUAAUACUGAGGGUUCUUCCAGGUUCUUGGUAUUUCUGUCGAAUGAAUUUCAUUCUGAAGCAGUUGAAAGGCUGUUAUCUUCAGAGAAGUUCAUCAAUGCCAUUUAUAAAGCUGUUGAAUCUAUUCCCGAAGGGCAAGUAUGUGGUUGUAUUAGACAAAUAACAGAAGAUAUUUCAGAAUCUCUCAGGUGGAUGAAAGAUUUCUGUCCAUUGGUUGAUGGCAAGAAAUUGCAAAAUUUUAAUCUGCAAGGGGAAUUGCUGGGUAGAGGGCUGUCUAGACUGUAUUGUUUAGUUCUUGGUUCGGUUAUUAUCACCAACAGCAACCACAAUCUUCUUGGGGUUGCUGUAAAUGAACUUAUGGCAUUAGUGCGUCCCUACUUGAGUAUUCUAGUUGGGCAACAACCAGAUACAAUCUGCAAGUUCUUUUCUUCUGUCAUAGGAGAAACUGUUGAUCAGGUGGUUAGAAAGGGAAAAGUUUUAAAGAAAUUUGGUAGGUCCAGUCAAUGGGUUCUUGUGUUCUUCUUUCAGUUGUUUGUGUCCUGUCAAAGCUUAUAUAGGCAAGCAAGCCUUAGGCCUCCUGAUUUGCCAAAGAUGUCUGCAGAGGUGGAGGAUUACACAACAUAUUCUGCCUCUGAGUUGAUGGAGAGGAUUGAUAAGAUAGACUUUGGUUAUUUUUCUUGGAUUGUUCAACCCUCUUCUUCCCUCCUUGUUGUUAUGCAAUUUAUUUCUGACAUAUAUCUUAAACUUGGCUCAGAUGACUCUUCCCCUUUGAUCUAUAUAUUUCAGUCUAUGGCUCUUCGAAGGCUUGUUUACUUGAAUAAGCAGAUUAAAUUGUUCAAGUAUUUAAAAAAGAAACAUUAUUUGCAAAAGAAGUCUUAUAGAUCUCAAAUCAAGACACUGAAAGAAGAGGCGGCUGACCUUACUAAUUUUAUUUUGGAGUAUUUAUCAUGUGUGUAUCAAUCCCCAAUCUUUGUUUCUGAUUAUGUAACUUGUGAAGAUGUAGUUUCUGUGGUCACUCAAAGCAUCCAAGACCACAUAAAAGAAAGAUGCAACCAAUGGGAUUGGGAUCUAGGAGUGUAUGCUGCUAACAAAAAAUCAUUGCCAACACUCAUUUGGUCAAAGCUUUGCAAAAAUGUUGAUAUUUGGAGCAACCAUGCUUCAAAGAAGCAAUUGAAAACGUUCUUCUCACAUUUACUCCAUGCUUACCUUCACAGUGUAACAAGUAGUUUUCAAGAGCCAGGUGUGCAAGAAAUUGACAAGUGUAAGCUGCUCAAGACGAUCACUUUGUCACAAAUAUCAUCAGAACUUCUAAAUGAUUCACUUUUUUAUGAACAAAAAUUUGCUCACAGGAGUCUGGCCUCGAUAUUUUGCCUUGCUUUAGAGAAAUUGGUGCUCCCAUUAUUUAGUAACAUUCCAUGUACUGAUGUCAAUCUUCAGUCAUUGCCUAAUUGGCCAGAGUUUUUAAGUUUUUAAGUUCAACCACUCCUUCAUGUGACAAACUUCCUGCAGAUAUCAGCAGAAAAGACGAGACUUUCCCUGUCACUGACAAAAUUUUUAGAGAUUGCCACCAGUUGCUUGAUCUCUUGUGUCGGAUGCAAGAUAAAAAUGCGAGAUCAUUUUCGCAUCUUCUGACUUGUAUUUUCAACCUUGAACGGCUUCUUAUUGGUGCCUUGCUGUAUUUUCAGAGUACAAUGCACUGGGAUUAUUAUUUUGAGUAUUUAAGAUUAUUUGUCUCUUGUCGGAAGACAUUAUGGCAUAUAUUAGUCGGAUUUUAUGAUAAGGCAAACACUAUCCCAUUCUCGCCAAACUCGAUUAUUUCUGGAAGUUCGCUACCUGUAUUGUGGCUUUCAAAGUCAUUAUCUGUGGUUGUUGGGAUUAAAGAGUCACACUCAACCAAAAAUAUUAUUCUCUGUAAAUCUAUGAUGUUUUCCUUAAUGCAUUACACAUCAAAUGUCUUGUUUGGCAUAGGAAAAUAUCAAAUUGUUCACGCUUUUUCCAUUAGUAAAGAAGCUGUGAUGCCUUGUGAAGAGAUCUCUAAUCAUAAGAUUAGCCAUGAGGAGAAUCAUUUGCUUCCAUAUUCUCAGGACUCCCCCAAGCUUGAGGCAUUGAAAUGUUUAACCUUUAUGGCUGAGAAUUUGAGAAAGCAGAUACAGAGCUUGCUUGUUUCUGUUCACAAUACCCCUUGCAAUGUCAAUGUGGGAUUUGGUCUUACUUAUGAAAACAUUAAUAGAUUGUCCUCUUCAGCUUGUUGCUUUAGUAGACUUUUGUGGGGCCUACUCACAUCUUCCACGGACCAAACAGAUGCUAAAGAUAGUGAUGAAAAAGAAAAAGUGUUGAUGUGGAAAAGUGAGCAUGCCUCUGAACUGGACAGUUGUAUAUCUUCUCUUAUGGAACUUACCAAUGUUUUUUGUAAACAAAUUGCUUAUCGAGAGUAAUCAACUUUCCAAAAGUUCACACAAUACACAACAUUUUGAAGAUCCAGCCGUGAAGUUAUCCUUGUCAAGUACCAAUUAUUUGUCAUCUAAAAGUUUAGUUUCUAAGGCUAAUGCCUUAGUUGGUACACAAAAUGAAUCUAAAGCUGCAGCUACUUGCUGUACUUCAUCAGCUGUUGAUAAUGUCUCCAAAAGUGUCAGUAAUCAUGGGAGAAUGUUGAAUCCAAAUGGUAAAAACUAUGUUGCCAGGGUUUUGGCCAGGGUGGAAUCCACUGAGCUACAGGGUUUGAAUAAGCCUUUGUUGCAAAGCUUGGUAAAAGGUGAUCACCCUGAAAUAGCUUUUUUGCUGAGACAAUUGUUAAUUGUUUUCUCAUCUCUUUUGAGGUUAAAUUUUCUGAAAGAUGAUGGUUUCUUACCUUCUAGUUUUGUACCUACUUUCAUUGAAAUUUCACAAGUCCUGUUAUUAGAAUUUACAGAGAUGGUUGCGGUCCCACAGUAUUCUGCUUUACUUUUGUUAGAUGGUGCUUGCAACUAUUUGAGAGAAUUAGCGGGUUAUUUUCCUUUCACUUAUCCUACCUCCUCUAGAAAAGUUUACAGAAAAUUGAUACAGAUUCACAUGAGGGCAAUAGGCGAGACCAUUUCGUUGCAAGGAAAAAGGGCAACACUAACCUUUCAUGAAAGACAGUCAAGUACCAAGUCACUUCAUAAAGGAUCAGUUGAAGCUUAUUCUUUUACUGAAUUGCACUGCUUUUCCUUGGAUGAAUUUAAAAUUGGGCUGCGGAAUUCAUUCAAAGCAUAUAUAGAGAGGCCAUCUGAAUUGCAUCUUUUGUCUACUAUACAGGCCAUUGAGAGAUCUCUAGUUGGUAUUCAAGAAGGAUGUACUGCGAUUUAUGAUGUAAUCCUAUUUUUUUUUACUAGAACAUUUAUCUUUUUUGGUUAAUGAUGGAUUGAAAUAAUGGUACCGGACAAUCCCUCAAUAAAUUGAAUUUAUAAACUAAUUCCUAGAUUAUU